GAAAAAUAAAUAAUCAAGUCGAGGGAAUAGAGCGGCAGGUAAACAGUAGACCGUCACUGAUCAGGAUGGCGCGGGGUACCAGUGCCGGAUUUGAUCGUCAUAUUACUAUAUUUUCUCCCGAGGGAAGACUUUACCAAGUUGAGUAUGCAUUUAAGGCAAUCAACCAGGGAGGAUUAACGUCGGUGUCUUGCAAGGGCGAAGACACAGCAGUAUGCGUUACACAAAGGAAAGUCCCUGACAAAUUGCUGGAUCCAAGCACAGUUACACAUAUGCACCAGCUCACCCAGAAUGUUGGCUGCGUAAUGACUGGCAUGCAGUCUGACAGCAGGUACCAGGUAAUGGUUGCUCAAAGUGAAGCCAAUAACUUUAAAUACCGGUAUGGAUAUGAUAUGCCCAUUAAUGUUUUGUGUCGGCGCAUAGCAGACAUCAACCAAGUGUACACACAGAAUGCUGAAAUGCGCCCCUUGGGAUGCAGUAUGAUCUUGAUUGGGUAUGAUGAUGAGCUUGGUCCGUGUGUGUACAAGACUGAUCCAGCAGGAUAUUACUGUGGUAAUCGUGCAUGCUCAGCUGGUGUCAAACAGACUGAAGCAAACAGUUUCUUGGAGAAAAAAUACCGGAAGAAGACAAAUUACAACCACGAUGAAACCAUACAACUGGCUAUCACUUGCCUUAUGACAGUCCUCUCGGCAGACUUUAAACCUUCAGAGAUUGAAGUAGGAGUUGUAUCUAAGGAUGAACCCAAGUUUAGGACUUUGACAGAACAAGAAAUUGACUUCCAUCUUAGUGCCAUUGCAGAGAGGGACUAGUAAGCUUUUUUUUUUUUUAUCACACUCAUUUAAGAAACAAGCCUCUGACUUGAAAUUGUCAAAUAAUGAGCCUUUUCUUAAUAAAUAAAAUUUCACGGCUUUAUUACGUCUUUGAAGGACUGAUAUGUCACUUUAAUUUGUAUCUGAGCUUCACCUAAUAAAAUGUUUGAUAGGGAAAUAA